AUGGGCAAGCGUAAAUCAUCAAGCAAGCCUCAGGGUCCCAAGAGGAAGGAGAAGCUCCCCACAACCUUCCAGUGCCUCUUCUGCAACCACGAGAACUCCGUCAGCGUAUCCAUUGAGAAGAAGUCGGGCGUCGGCAACCUGCAGUGCAAAGUCUGCGGCCAGACCUUCCAAACCAAUAUCAACUACCUGAGCGCCCCCGUCGACGUCUACGCCGAUUGGAUCGAUGCCUGCGAUGCUGUUGCGAAGCAGGCGGCAAAGGGCAAUGCAGAGGUCUCGCGGAGUUCGCAUCGCAUGGGACGGAUGCCCACAGCACACAACCAAGAAGACGACGAUGGCGAUGGCGGCUUCAUUGAGCACGACGAUGCGGAUGCCGAGGGCGAGUACGCCGACUAG